AUGGGCAACAGAGGCAUGCGCAGAUCUCACCGAAAGUCUAGAGGCGGCUGCAGUUUCUGCAAGAGGCGAAGGAUCAAGUGCGAUGAGAAGAAACCGAACUGUACCAACUGCAUCAAAAGGUCAUUGGUAUGCAGCCUUGGAGAGACUUUUUCGCCCUCGUCCACACUUGGCAAACCUUGUCAGACCGACCAUUUUGUCGCCCCACUUCGCGAUUGUCCAGCGACAACGGGGGACGAUUGCGGCCCCGGCUUCAACAUGGACGUGCAAGACCUGAGCCUCUUCCACCAUUACUGUUUCUAUACUUCCACAACUUUUUCCCCCGACACGGUCACUCAGGGGUUCUGGAAUGUCACUGUACCUCAGCUAUCGUUCUCCUACCCGUUUCUUCUCCGAGCUAUUCUUGCAAUUGGGGGGUUGCACAUGGAUCGCGUUCAACAGAGCGCAGGAAGCCACAGCUGGCGCAAGACAAAAGCAACACAUCAUUGGAAUGCGGCCAUUCAACUCGCAACACCACAUCUGAUUGCCAUUGACGACCAAUCUUGCGAUCCUCUGUUUGUGUUUACCAUGCUUACCUGUUUGCACACAUUCGCGGAGGGACCACAAGAAAAUAACUACCUUCUCUUUACAAAUGAUACCAAUUCACAAUGGCCUAUCUUCUUUCGCGGUCUAAGGUCUGUCGCUGAUGCAUCCAUCCACCUGGGUAUGCCCUCUUCAGACAGACCGCUUGCUUUUAUGUACGGCAUUGCAAAAAUGAAUCUAGAUGAGCUGCCUCCAGAAGAACUGAAUACAUCUUGGAGCAGAGCGCUUGUGGAUCUUCGUUGUGCAACGCUGGACAGCUUGAACACAGCAAGCGUUGACAGAAUUGUGUAUGUCGAAGCCCUUCAUCGUCUCACAACAUGCUUUUCGGCCGUAUUUGGCGAUGACGACAUCAAGUGUCGCCCGAUAAGUGCUCAAACUGCGUUUGCCUGGCUAUAUCACGUCUCGGAGGAGUUCAUGCAACGUCUGCAAACCAAAGAGAACAUUGCUCUGGCGUUCUUUGCCUUUUUCGUGGUACUGCUAAAACACAUGGAUGGUGUGUGGAUGCUAGAAGGUUGGCCAGACCAUUUAAUGUCAGGCAUUUAUAAUACCAUGUCUCCCGUAACGAGGAUCUGGAUACGGUGGCCCAUGCAACAAAUAGAAUGGCAACCUUUGGCUUGA